ACAAUCUAGUCAGUUGACAGCGUAUUUCAGUCAAAUAGCAGCGUUUGUAAAAGGUGGCAAAAAUUGGAUACUUCAUGAGAAUAUUUAUAAAGGAUAUUAAUUUCAUGUAAAUUGAUAAAUAUGCUUACGCCAGCCGUUAAGCAGACAUGGGCUGUAAUGGGUGUUCUCCUCAACAUGCUGGGACAGGGCAUGGUUCUGAGCUUUCCUUCAAUAUUGCUUCCAUCUCUUUUCGCGCCAGAUUCAAAGAUACCAGCUGACAUACACAUCGCUUCUUGGGUAGCAUCGUGUAUUGGAAUUGCUGGGAUUCCUGGUUUCUUGACCUCGUCUUUUCUAAUGGAUGUAUAUGGGAGAAAAUUGGCACACGCAGUUGUUGUCGCGCCAGGAAUUUUAGGCUGGCUUUUGAUAUACUUCGCUACUAAUAUAACUGUUCUUAUAAUCGGAAGAUCAUUCUGUGGACUGGCAGCUGGCGCUACCGUGUCUCUAGGUGCGGUUGUCAUCGGAGAAUACACCAGCCCAAGAAACCGAGGAAUGUUCCUCAACCUCAAGACAACGGCUGUUUGUAUCGGGAACAUGAUGGUGCACUUAUUAGGGCACUUUUAUGCUUGGAAAACUGUCGCAUUAAUUGCUUUAGUGCCCCAUAUUCUAGCUUUGAUAAUAAUAGUCACAUGGCCAGAGAGUCCAGCGUGGCUAGCUUCUCAAAAACGGUUCGACGAAAGCGAAAAAUCAUUUUAUUGGCUUAGGGGAAAAACCACCGAAUCGAAAAAAGAGCUGGUAGAAAUGCUUAGAGCUCAAAAAGAGAGAAUUGAAUAUCCAUCGUCAAAAUCAAUAAGCACUAAAUGCUUGGAGUUUUUCAAAAAGUUCACAAAAAGAGAUUUCAUUAAGCCGGUGAUAAUUAUAUUUUUUGGCGCAACUCUUUUAGAAUCGUGUGGAAGACAUAUUUUCCCAGCUUAUGCUUUACAAAUCAUCGAAGAGGUGACAGGAAAUAAGUCGCAAUCAUUUUACUACACUUUGGGAAUAGAUUUGAUUAUUUCUGCUAGUGCAAUAUUUUCAUCAGUUCUUGUGAAAAUAAUGAAACGGCGUACCCUUCUAUUUGGAAGUGGAUUUGCGGCGUUACUUGUUCUUAUGUGCGUCUGUUUAUACUUAUACCUAUCAGCAAAUGGGUUAAUUUCUAAGGAUAAAUCUUGGAUAGCCGUGACACUAUUUGGUUUGUAUUUCAUUCUAGCGAACUUAGGAUGUACUCCAAUACCGCUGGCGUUACUGGGAGAAGUUUUUCCUUUAGCCCAUAGAAGUGCUGGAUCAUCAGUGGCAGGGUUCAUUUUGUCCAUAUUUGUUAUGGCUGGAAUGCAAGUGACACCAUAUUUAUUGGUGAGCGUUAAAGUUUAUGGAACUUUUGCUGUUUUUGGAACUGCAAUGGGAUUAGCAUUAGUAGUGCUAUUUUUCAUCCUUCCUGAAACCAAAGAUAAAACAUUACAACAGAUCGAAGAUUACUUUAACUUCGGAAGGUUUAGAGAUGAGGACGUUGAGAACGACGAUGAAGUUAAAAUGAAGAUGAUACCAAAUUAAAUGUAAAAUACCGAAUUAUUUGUGUGAAUUGUGGUUUGCUAUAAAAUGAGUGCGUUGUUA